AUGACUACAGAAGACCAACCUGUUGCGAUAGCAGCCGAGCCAAAGGCAGGACAGACGGUAGAGCACGAUGGAAAAGUCUACACUACCGUACGAGAGGGCAAGGCAUUCAUCCUCGUACCUCCUAAGGCGCGCACAUCAGUAGACCCGAAGUCCAAGGCAGGUGACGGCUCGCAAGCCCAGGAUGUCUUCUACAACCCUAUUCAGCAGUUCAAUCGCGACUUGAGUGUUCUUGCAAUCAAGGCCUUUGCGGAGGAUUCAUGUAAGAGGAAGAGGGAGAGGCAUGAGGCGCAGGGUGGGAAGACGAAGCGGAAGAAAGACAAUAAGCGCAAGAGGGCUGCAGUUGAAGGGGCGCAUGCUGAGGAAGAUGGGAAUCCGACCAAAGUGAGCAGGUCCGAGGACGGGUCAAGAGAGACGGCUGCUGGCCAGGAGGGUGACGAUGUACAGGUCGAGCACACAAGUGGGAAGACACGGCAGGAAGAUGCAACAGUGGAGGGCGAUCAGGCGCGGGCAGAGGCUGCCCAGGAGGCCAAUGGUGUCCUCCCAAGUGAAGCACAAGCUUCAGAAGGAGCCGCACAGACUGGGACACCCACCAACGAUCCAAACCAGAACGGAGACGCCGCCCAAGGCCAGAGCAAGCAGCCCUGGAAGCCCAGGUUCCGGAUCUUAGAUGCGCUUUCAGCAACAGGUCUACGGGCGCUGCGCUAUGCGACCGAGAUCCCUGAUGCAACCGCGGUUGUAGCAAAUGAUAGAGAGAAGAAGGCCACGAAAAGCAUCAACCUCAACGUAGAGCACAACAAGCUGGACUCGAUGAUUACAACGACAACUAGCGACGCACUGGGACACAUGUACAGCGUCGCCUAUCCACCACCAGAAAGCCACGGACCUAAACACAUCAAUGGCAGAUAUGAUGUCGUCGAUCUGGAUCCCUACGGAACCGCGGCACCAUUCAUCGACGCUGCGCUACAAGCCCUGGAAGACGGCGGACUGCUCUGUGUGACCUGCACGGAUUCCGGGGUUUUCGCUUCUUGCGGAUACUCUGAAAAGACCUUCUCUCUCUACGGUGGCAUGCCCAUCAAAGGCAUCCAUUCCCACGAAGGCGGGCUGCGGUUGAUUUUGUCCUCCAUCGCAACCACUGCCUCAAAGUACGGCCUCGCGAUCGAGCCUCUCCUUUCUCUCAGCAUCGACUUCUACGCCCGAGUCUUCGUUCGCGUCCGGAAGAGCCCACUCGAUGUCAAAUUUCUAGCAGGCAAGACCAUGUUCGUCUACGACUGCGACCACGGGUGCGGAGCGUGGACGACGCAGUUCAUCGGUCGUCACGUAAAGCACAAGGACAGCAAUACAAAUUGGAAGUACACCAUCGCACAAGCGCCUAUUGCAGACUCGACUUGCGAGCACUGCGGAUCGAAGAUGCAUCUCGCGGGACCGAUGUGGGGUGGUCCACUCCACAAUCCAGCAUUCAUUGAGAAAAUAUUGGAUGAUCUGAAAGGCGCGGAUGCGGAGGUGUACAAGACGAAGCCACGCAUCGAAGGCAUGCUCGACACCGCACUGGACGAGAUGGUCGUUAAUCCCGAAACCAUGGACUUCAGGAAUGUGAAUACGAAGACUGGUGAGAGGGAGAUCAUUCCAAGAAUGGCGCCAGAACUCAUCGAUCGACAUCCGUUCUUCUUCAUCCCCUCCGCGUUGUGCAAGGUGAUUAAAGCGCAGGCGCCUGCUGAGGCGCUGAUCAAGGGCGCUCUUAGGCAUGCUGGGUAUAAAGUCACGCGGAGUCACUGCAAACCUGGCAGUAUUAAGACUGAUGCGCCGUGGGCGGUGAUCUGGGAAGUCUUCCGAGAGUGGGCAAGGCAGAAAUCACCGGUCAAAGAAGGGGCUCUGCAGGAGGUGCACCCUGGCUGGAAGAUUUUGCAGGCUAUGCGCAAAUCCGACGACGACCGUAGUAUCAGUACUGGGAAUGAGAAGGCCAAACCUGAAGCACAUGGCAACGGCACGGCGGAGGGCACGCCAGACAUUGUCACAGAAGACAAGGACAGUGGCGGGCAGACGCCUCCUCAUCGCCCAACGAAUCCUUCAGACGUGAAAAGGCUCAAAGUUGUGUUUGACGAGAAGCUUGGUAGAGACAAGCCUGGCAAGCGGCUGGUGAGGUAUCAAGAGAAUCCAAGGGAGAACUGGGGUCCCAUGAGGAAAGCGCAGGGAACCAAGCCCGCAAAGCAGACUAAUACAUAA